AUGGCUAAUAGCAUUGCAGGAGUUUCAUACUGCUCAGCGCCAUGGACAAAUCCCAAGUCGUUUCAACACUGGUCGGGAAAUGUCAAUGAAAUCGCCAACAAAGUCCCCACUCGGGUUGCCUACGAUAUCCACACUGGCAAGCUGAGAUCAUGGGGAUUUGGAUGUGAUCUUCGGGAUCCAAACUUGGACGUCGUCGAGCACUUCAAGUUGUAUCUCGAUCCUGAUUAUAAGGACGACUAUGCGGACAUUAGUUGUGUUGAUGCUCAGAGGUUCUUCUACGAUUUUCUCUUCCUCAUCCAUGAGCAUGUGGCGCAUCAUUUUCGGAUGCGAAUUCCCAACUGGAACCGAAUGAGGGUCGAAUGGAUCUUCAGUGUACCAACAACAUGGCGCGAUGCGGCAUUCAUCCACGGCCUGGAGACUCUGAUCAAGAGCGCUGGUUUUGGCAAGGAUGGAAAUCUCCAUUCGUGCAGAAUCACUCUGACAGAGGCUGAAGCUGCCGGUAUUUCGGUCGCAAGCCAGCAUCUCGAAAAAAACGAUGUGAUUCUGGUCUGUGAUGCUGGAGGUGGUACAACUGACGUCAACAUACUCAAACUGGUUUCGGAAAAAGGUCAACCACUUCGAUUAGAUCCAUUGUCAAGAACCGAAGGGAAACCAAUAGGAUCAGCUUUGAUUGAUAUCCGCAUCCAACAAUUGCUUGAGCGAUACUUGCAAAACAUCGCUCAUCUAUUGACAAAACCUCCUUCAGAGGUGGCUGAACAGAUGAUGAUCGGCAGAUUCGAGAGAUUCAAAUGCAACUUCGGAGCUCCUGGCUCAAAUAUCCCAUACCUGCUUCUGGAUGUACCUGAUCUUGCUCCAGGACAGUAUAUUCCUCAAGCAAAUGUAGUCAAUUCUCAAAUCCGAAUUACAUCGGAAAUUCUGAAGAACGUUUUUGAUGAACAAGUUGAUGCGCUAGUGGCUUUUGUUUAUGACCAAAUCAAAGAUCUGCAUUUUCGUCGACCUGGGGAAAAGGUGGACUAUGUCAUUCUGUCAGGAGGUCUAGGGUCUUCGCCCUAUGUCCAAGACAGACUUCGAUGGCAAUUCAAUGAGCAAACAACCGCGAACCUUCCAGCAGCAAUAGGACUAACCAUCCUCGCGGCCGAAGAGCCUCAGCUUGCAGUGGUGCAUGGCCUUGUCCUGGACCAGGCUCAGCAAGUGUCCCAGACUUUGAACCCUAUCACGUCCAGAUUUGCAAGGGUUAGUUAUGGUAUCGUUGUGAAUCAGCGAUACGAUCCUAAGAUCCAUGAAGGCGUCACUCCUACCAAAGACCCCCGAGACGGGAAGAAGUGGGUAGUGGAUAGAAUAGAAUGGUUGAUUCGACAGGGAGAAACGAUUCGUCCAGAUGGCUUCAUUAAACGGCUGAGGGCCAAAGUCGACCCUUUGCAGUUACGACAACCGUGGCAUGCACAUUUUGUGAUGACAACGUUACCUGCCACACAAUUGCCGACGGCAUUAUCCGAUCCUCGAGUUCAGACAGUUUGCGUGGUACGAGCAGAUGUAUCACAGACCAAACGAAUAGUCAAAAACGGACACUGGUACAAUCUCUCCCAACGAUAUGAACUCACACUUCUGGAUGUUCGGAUUCUUCCAGGAUCGGCAGAUCUCAAGGUGGAAGUGUGGAACGAUGGGAGAAAAUUGAACGGAGAAAAUGACCAGGUGGAAUUUAAAUGGGAAGACCGAUUAGGCACUCCGGCAUGGCACUCGUAUACGCCGCCCCUGGAUCGGACGUUAAGCCCUUUGAGUCCAGCGGGAAGUCCACAACAACAGUCACCUACUUCGAAUGGCAAUAAUUCGAGCCAACGACUGAGCAGUGCCCCUUCACAACAACGAUAUUCGAGAGCAUCGUAUGGUUGA